GACUGCACGCGAUUCGUUCCGUUCCGUUUUUAGCCUCGUUCGUGUAUAUUUUCUUUUCGUUUAUCUACAUAAGCAACAUGUAGACGCCAUGCUUUGGUCGGCACGUUACAGAGCUCUCUGGUGAACGAAAGUGCUGCGACUUUUGGAUGAACGACGAUGUUACUAUACGGGCUUUGGUUUGUGCUUCAACUUCUCACCGACGCCGGUUUCUGCAAUGCCAAACAACAAGGGCGUGAAUCCCAUACUGCAGCAUUGCUACAGGAGGAAUGUAAAUUGGAAGGAUUGCAUCCUCUUCUCAUCGUCACUUACAAGAACAUCACGAUAUCGGUGGAUAAAAUCUCGGUGCCACACAGCGAAAAGUUGACGGUGCGAUGUCGAGAUCUCGGCAAGUACAAGCUUGUAGGCGAGCCUAUAAUGCAGUGCCGCAACGGCGUCUGGAACGGACAGGUGCCCAGCUGCAUACCCACCACUGCUCUCGCUAAUUACACAGAGGACGUACCGCCGACGAUACUGUUCGGCGUCCCAGCGGGAUCGGCAGCAUUCGAGCCGACGGGUACACUAGCCGUCUUCCCCGGGAGUAUCCUUCACCUCGAGUGUCUCUUUGCCAGGCGCCUUGGUAAUCCCGAGUGGACCUGGACAUCCACGUACCGACAAUAUUUGACUGGUUGGGCAAUCGCAGCUUUCGAGAGAGAUUGGAAAUAUCGACUAUCGAUAUACUAUGCGAAAACUCAAGACUCGGGGGUUUACACGUGCACGACCCCUCGAGGACUCACUAACUCUAUCAAAAUCCGUGUUGCUGAUGUGCACUGUCCGACGCUCAGGUCGAUUGGGCCACCUCUCAUCUCUAAAAUCGAGGGUCCAAGACUUGGCGAGAGCGCGAGUUUCGACUGUCCCAGUGGUUAUAGACUUGAAGGUACUGCUGCUAUGACCUGUCAGUACAAUGGUAAAUGGUCGGCAGACGUGCCUCACUGUGAAGCAAUAGUUUGCCCAGCAGUACAGCCAUCCAACCCGAAUCUCCAAGUAUUGGAGCACAAUAACAGUUAUGCAGGUAAAGCAAUCUUUACAUGUAUGUGGGGCCAUAAACUUAGCGGACCGCAGGUCAUCAAAUGCCAGAGGGACGGUACCUGGAGCGGACCGUUACCAACGUGCAAGGAGAUCACCUGUCCAACGCCAUCGGUGCCAAAGAAUGGUAGGAUCGUCGAUCACGAACAGCAGCAACGAUAUCAGCAGACGAGUAAGCGACGGAUACAGCGAGUUGGCUCGUUGCUGCGAUUCUCCUGCCUACCGGGUCACCAGCUUGUCGGCCAAGCUUCGAUCAUUUGCACGGAGAAUGGCACGUGGUCGCAUCAGUCACCGAUAUGCGAAGUGAGGUGUCCAUAUCCAGGCGAUCCGCCGCACGGACGAAUAGCACCAUUGAAAUUCUGGUACAAGACAGGUGACACGAUCCAGGUAACUUGCUCGCCAGGCUACGUGACGCCACUGGAGCCGGUACGCAAACCCACGUGUCGAGAAAACGGCAUUUGGAGUGGUCCACCACCACCUUGCCGUUCGUACAGGGAUGUAUGAUAAACGCGCACGUAUUCUGACGUUACGAAACGACUGGACGCAUUGUAUCAAAAUAAUAAGAAAAAAAGUAAAAAAAAAUGAGCGUGUCAUUCGCGAUUUGGAGAUGGGUUGGCCUGUUAAGACGCUGAUGGGUAAACAAAGAGUUAAGAAGGAAGAGGCUUUUCGCGGCUUCCGUAAAACGUGACCUGCUUGGUCGAAAAAUAGUGGUACGUAGGAUGUGUGCGCAAUUGUAAAGGAGAGAGGAGUGUGUACGUGCUCUCGACGCGCGGCUAAACUAAAUUACCCCUGCUCCCCCGUACUAGUUUCUCGGCCAAACGAACCAUUCAAUCUGCUCUUUUUUUCUCUCUAUCUUUCACCUUGUUUUCACAUCAUCGAUAUGCGAAAUGCAAGUACGUAAAGGAAAGAAUCGUGCUCGAGUAAAUAUUUUUGCCAAUUUGCGUGGUGUAUGUGUUCGCGUACUUGUAACAGUGGGCAAAAGUGAGUUUGCAAAACAAUGUCGCGUUGUCGCCAGCUUAAAUCCCAAAAUAUUCGUCGGUAUACAACAGCAGUAGAGUACGUGAGAAAGAGGGAGACACGACCACGGAAUUUCGUUUUACGCUUUCUCGCUGCUACUUGUCCUCGAUAUACGUUGGUGGUACAGGAGGCAAACUCUGUCUUACUCUGUGUAUCCGUAUGGCGGACACGUGUGACCUCGCGAAGAGGAUACUGUAAACAAGUCGAGCUGAUACUACUCUUGCUACGCUUGCUUUCGUGUGUACAUAUGCGAGGACAUUUUGCAGAUCUAAGAAAGUGGCAAAGCGGUGACUUGAUACCAGUGAAAAUUCAGCUGAAACGAUAAAAGAACAGAAACGUUGUGAAAUGUGCUUUUCGGUUUUCUAAAUCCGAGAUGUUAUAUGUUGUGACGAAGGGAAGGAGGCAGAAGGUGAAAUUCCGAGCAAACGAAAACUAAAAGCUUCUCGCGAACUGCAGACAAGCUCAAAAUAAACAAACAGCUGCCGAGAAGAGAGCACGGCGAAAACUUCCAACGCAGUAGCGUGUGUCAGAGUAACCGUAAACUCUUACAAUAAACGCAUACGCUAAAAGUGUCUCACGAACCGACAAAUCGCUAAAAACCAUGCAAAAAAGCCUAACCCACACGAGAAAUGGACGACGUACGCGAGACAUGUAUGUUACGAGCGUUAAAGCUUUCUUUUUUUUUUGGUCUGACGACACACGGGCAUGCACUACUACUUUGAACGUGGUUUUUCUUGACGACGGUUAGACGUACACGUUAAACAUAUUUCAGAACAAAGAAUUUUUUCAUGAUUCAGUUGUCAUUCUAAAACACAUCACGCACGGAAAUUCAAAGAUUUUUCGAGUCAUAAUCCGCGAGUGUUAAUCAACUAAGCUCGUUGUUACUCUCAUCGUAUCUCCUCAUAUACGAGCCGAGAAUAUUCCCAAAAGCACGAGAUUAAUUAAGCUCCUCUCUCCUGGCCCUUUCUGUCUCUCUGGCCCGCGCCCUGGCGCCAUCUGUAAAUAUUAAUUGCCGAGCGCUGCGUGUGGUCCUCACUCCUGUGCACACAUACGUACGCAAAAGAGAAAUGAAGUGUUAGUUUUCUCAAAGAAAAUGUGCGCUUGAGUGAGAGACUAUUAGAAUUGCUCCAUUGCUCGUGGCAUUUAUUAAAAGAAUCUUUAUUUGACAAUGACGGAUGAAACUAUAUUUUAUGUCCAAAAUUGCGAUGUAGAUUCCGUUUUGUUCUACGAGGUCGUAAACAAUUGACUAGUAAUAUGUUUUGUUUUUUUGUUUCGUCAAAGAGACUAUGUAAACGCAUUGAUUUUCAAUUGUUAAGAAAAAAACGUAGAUAAGAGUCAACAAACCAUGUACAACAACGAACAGUUUGUUCACAUAUUUGCUGUUCGAGAAAAAGAAUAUCGAGUGGUGUUCUUAAAAAAGCUCGAGUUCUUGAAUAUACAUAGCUAUAAGAAAUAUUUUAGACCUUAUUCCUUUCAUAUCGAUGUAUA